AUGGGUGGCGACCGUGAAGGCCUCGAUUCGAUGGGCAACACGCUUCUGCAUCUUGCCGCUAAGGGUGGCCAUGUCGGCACCGUGGAAGGUCUGCUCCUCUUCAUCCCGCAAGAACUCAACCGCCCCAACGGCGACGGCGACACGGCCGUCCAUCUCGCCACCCGGGGACUCCAUGCGGCUUGUGUCGAGCGGUUACUCUCCCUCGACCACAUUCAGCCAAAUAUACAGAAUAAGAACGGCGACACUCCACUCCACGUCGUGACUGGAAUGCCAGAAAGCGAGAACAAACGAGCCAUCCUGGGCCGCCUAUUGUCGUGCAUCCGCGUCACCGUCCACCUUCGCAACGUCGACGAUCUGACGGCCCUGCAGAACGGCAUCGUCAAGGGAUAUCACGCUUCUACGAUGGAAUUCCUGCAAGCUCGCCCUGCCCUCCUCCCCGGCACUAUGGGGACGACGGCCAUCUGCCCGACGGCUAUGCUGCCCCCGCUUCACUCCGCCGCCCUCUUCGCCCGUCGUCGUAUCCUUGAGAGCAUCAUUGAGUUGGGCGCUGAUGUCAACCGCGCCUCACGCGGCGGUCGUACUCCUCUACAUUUCUCGGUGCUCACUUGGUCCGGCUCGGCCGACCGCAUCCUCGAGCGGCUGGCCUGUAUUCAAGCGCUGAUCAACGCUGGCUGCAACCUGAACAUCCCGGACGUCGAUGGGGCCACCCCGCUGCACCUAAUCGUCAAGGAGCUCAACAACAUGCCGCAGCCGCCCGAAGAGAUCAUCAAAAGUUUCCGCGCCAUCGGCCUCAUGAAUUCGAAGCUGGAUGAGCUGGCGGCCAAGCUGCGCCCGCAUUGGGCCCUUUCCGUCGCGGCCUAUUUCUGCAUCAGGGGCGCCGACAUUGCCGCCACCACGGAGGACGGCGCGACGCCGGUCAACCUUUGCAAAUGGCCGGUGGUGGCCGAGAUGUUGGUCGAGUUUGCCGGCUACCGCUCAAAGCCCCGCCUCCCGGAAUCGAUGCUGGCAGCCACCGAGUUUGACUCGUCGGGCGUCACGAUGUGCACCUUCAACUGUGAGGACAAUGUGGCUGAUGUCAUUUUUAGCCCAUGCGAGCACCGCGUGGUAUGCCGUGAGUGUGUGCGCACGACGCCGUUGCGCCGAUGCCCCCUGUGCUACUUGACGAUCCAGUCGGCUUCGACGCUUGACGGUAGUACCGUGGAGAUUGGCGUCGUGCGCGUGCAACCGAAUGUGUCUAGGGUGCCCUCCGGUGGCGGCCUGAGCGAGGAUGAGGCUCGUCGCAUUGCUGAAGAGGCCGCCGCGCAGGCCAAGCAACAGGCAGAGCAUGAGAAACAUAUCGAGCUACGCGCGUUGCGUGAUCGCCUCGAUGAGCUCGAGAUGGCCUUCCAGUGUGCCAUAUGCCUUGACAGUAAGCCGGAUAUGGUGUUCGGCUGCGGGCACACGGCUUGCCAGGGCUGUGCCUCGGCUCUCUCCAUUUGCCAUAUCUGCCGCAAGACCAUCGAGAAGCGCCAGCCCAUCUUCUCC